AUGUUUGCUGCCUUGCGUGAUCCGGCAAUCUCGUUUCCGGUAUCCGAAUUCUCUCCAUCAUCGACAUUGCCACCGAUAACGUCUCACUCGCUCUUCCUACCGUCCAUCUCGGGACUGACUUCCUUCACAUCCUCUUCGGCAUCUGCCUUUGCCCUCGGGAUCACUGGUAACUCAUCUGCAAUCGCGACCUCUACUGCCACUAAUCCUUAUGGCUUUGCUUAUCCCUCAAUGACUGGUGUCACUGCCGCUGCCUCGACCUGCCGGACUUCCACCUGCUUACCUGGGAACUCUCCAACGACUGCGGUCGACUUAAAUCCGUCCUACUCUUCACCUUGCACUACACAGGUGAUGCGCACCGUCGAGGCACUGGCUUUACACUCAAAUCAGCUGACUCCAGCAACUUGGGACUGCCUGCUAUCAUUCUGCCUUGCUGUCUGUCAAGCUGUGCUUGCCACACCGCUUCCUAUCACUCCUCAGCAAUUCGAUGAUUUUUUGCUGCGUACCAGUGAGUCCGGUCCAUCUUCGGGGUCUACAACUACUUUGGUUGGCGGGGCUGGUUCUGUCUUGACGCAAGCCGGAGUCUCGGCUCCUGCAUCUAUAGCAUCGGCUGCUCCUAGCGCUGCAGGAGGCGGAAUUAGUGUGAGUGGGCUUGGUGCGGAUACAGGUGCCUCAGGGCCAGCGAAUAUGAGUAUAGUCGGUGCCGGCGCCAACUCUGGUUAUUAUUAUUCGGGUGCUUCGACAACAGGAAAAGAGAGUAUUAUCACUCCAGGCUCCGGCUCAAGUAAAUUUGACUUCUUUAACCAUUCUCUUUAUAACCUGAAUGUACAAAAAGCUUGUUGA